AUGCCGGCAAAGAAGUCGAAUACAGUGCUAUGCUCCCUCGAAAGUGUCGGGUCUAUCUUUCAGCAAGUCCAUAGAAGUGCGGCUCAUGCGCAGAAAUACAAAAAAGAACUGAUAGCGCUCGGUGAAGCACACCCACAAGAAUUCCGUGAAGCAAUGUGCAGUGUGAUGUUACUGAUAUUAAAGCAGGUCCCUCAGAUCACGGCCGAUGCGCUUAAGCGGCAUUACGCCUUUCUUGCGGAGGUCUGCAAAGGUCUUAAGGAGACUGUGCACUCCGACGGAAUCACCGUGGAGAUCCUAAAGUGCUUUCUCCCACUGCACAACGCGAACGAGAAGACCGUGCGGUUAGCCGUCGUCAGCACGUUUAAAACUCUUCUCAAACUCGUCGACCAAAGCAACACCUCCGAGGAAAGGCAGGAUCUUUACCAGGAUAUCGCCGAGGCGUUGAAAAAACGCGUGCAUGAUAAGUGGGCUCCGGUGCGGGAGAUGGCGGUUGCGUCCGUGGCGGCCUUUCAGACGGGGAAGAAGGACUGCGAUGUAACGCAGCAGCUCCUUGUGCUUCUCUGCACCGACACGAACGCGGAUGUGCGGCGGCAAAUCCUCCGAUGUGUGGUUCCACGAAAGGAGUUUCUCGAAGGUUAUUUUCAUGGUAUGGUGCGCUGCACGCGGGAUGUCGUCGCGCGGGUUCGCUCCGAGGCGUGGGAUGCGCUUGGUCGCUUCCCUUGGCGUUAUAUUAUGGCGUACGCGAACGCGAAAAAUGUCAAAAUGGCAGAUCGCAUUUCCGACGGGUUAAACGAUUCAAACGCGUCCGUCUGCAUUGCGUGCCGCGCCGCGUUGUUGAAUUGCUGGCUACAGCGUGAUUACAAGGCGGAGUGUGCGGCGCUUUUAGAGCUGAUGAUGGGUGGCUGCAACUCACUGAGUUUGGAUCCUUUCGAGGUGGUCGGGACUGAGUUGCUCAGAUAUUGCCAGAGGCGCGAUCCUGCGCAGCGUUUUGAGAUCAACCUCGCCGACAUUCACGCCCCGGGGCUGCUGAUGUGGAAGAUAGACUGUAAAGCGAGGUGUGAUUCAGAUGCUGGGGAUGAGACGUCGUUGCUUCUCUCCUUGGAGCAGUUUAGCGCAGUGCUGCAGGAUACGGUCUACGCCUACGCGCGGCCGGAUGUGGAGCCCAAAACGGUUCGCUUCCGCAACAUUGAGGACGCGGAAAAUAUGCUGCGCAUCUUGCUUUCCGUCUUUGACAUUUAUGAGGAAAGCGGCUACCUUGCUCACGCCGAUAACAACACCCGAACCUCGCUGUUGCGCAUCAUUAACUUUAUUCUAAAAGUCGUACCCGAUGACGACCCUGGGCUUUUCGUCGAUGCCGCGGUGCGUGCGUUGAAGUUCUUGACGACGCGAACCCCUGAGGAGGCCUCUACGACGAUCACGUCCGCGUUGGAUUCGCUAUUUCGAAGUCUAAAGCUGCCACAGCGACAUGGCUUGGGAUUUGACGAUGUCGAGGCGUUAGGUCGGAAAAGCCGUGAGCGGCAGCAGGAUUUAGCGCGAAUGAAGGCCCUUAUUCGCGCCGGAACCGCCACCCAGGAAGAGUUCGACCACCUUCAUGAGGCGAUUGACCGGGAUGAGAAAUUUCUGCUUCGCAUGCAGCUUAUGGUGCUGGCCUUUCUCUCUCACUCGCAGCGUGGGGAUGAUAUUCCGAUUUUUUGCUCUCAAAUGAUUCGCCUAGGGCGGCAACUAGAUAAUGAGGCGGUCCGAGUGGCGGCGACCAAGGCGCUGGCGCUUCAGUGCCUUAUCAGCCCCAACGCCGUGCACACCUUUAUGCCGCUUAUUCUAUCCGAAACGAGUGAACCCGUGCGAAACGACUUCACCUCGGUACCGUUGGCCGCCAUCGGGGUUGCCUUCGACCUCGUUAUGGAAUACGGACUGCGAUUUUUCGACACCACCAAGAGGCCUUCGAACCUCAACCCUGCGACCUUGUUUAACUCCGAAAACGCGAUCGACGUGCGGCUGCAGCACGAGCAGGCCCUUGCGGAGGAGAAUGUUCACAAAGUGGGGGGCGCCAACCUGCUUUCGACGCUUCGUUACUACCUCUGCCCAUCUCAGAAGCCUAAAAACGCGAUUACUUUGGUGGGAUUCUGCAAGCUGCUGAGUUGCAACCGCAUCCCCCAGGACGCCAUAACGGGCGUCAUGGCAGAGCUCCUUUUGCAUCACGUGCGUGCGCGAAUCACCCAGCAUCAGAACACCACGAGCGCUUUCAUAGUGGAUUACCUAACCAAAUUCCUUCGAAGCUUCUCUUCCAGCCAUCCAAAGCAGCAGGAGCGGUUUGCGAAGGGUGGGGUGGCCGCGUUCCGCGUUCUCCUGCUGCGGGAACCGUCUUGGGCGGCGAAGGUUAUUCAGUUCGUUCUGAAACUGUCGGAUCCCUUUACCUUAUGCCAAAUUCGCGAUAUCGACCCCGAAACGGCGCAUCGCGUGAAUAAGGAGUUGUCGGAAGCGAACCCCAACCCCAACAACCCUUCUGAGGACAAUGGAGGCCGUAACAAGAACCAUGACGGCAACGAGAGCGUGAACAACCACGCGCGAAAUUCGUCGAUCCGCACCAACGCCGCGCGCUCCUCGAUGCAGAGCGGGCGUCUGUUGCGAGAGCUCAGCCGCUACUCCCUGCAUGAAACGAUUGCGGAGGAGCUGUUGAUUGAACUCGCGCUUAGCACCAACACGGAGAGUCGCCAGGUGUGCAUGGAUGCGCUCGAAAAGCACAUGUAUUUCUACAGUAAGGAGAAUCAACCUUUUCUUUUGUACUGUGCUCGCGAGGCGGUGCGGGCGGUGCCGGAGGGCGAGGACGAACGCGCGCGUUUGCAGGGCUGGGUGAGCGAGCUCGAGCAGCGCUACUUCGAUGUCGAGCCGGCCGUAGCCGUGGAGAAUGAAGGGAACAUGCACGAAGAGAAGCUGGCGGAGCGUAAGGCAGGCCGAGAAGUGCUUUUGAACGAUCUCGUGGAGCGGGGCUACGCGGAGGUGGAUUGCGUACCACCGCAAGGAAACCGAACCCCUGCGUCGGUGAAGGUCAAGGUGGAGGAUCAGGAUCGAAAACGAGAUCGGGAGUUAGAUUUUUUUGAGAUUGAUACGAUUUUGGGCUCGCGACGAAAGGUGAAGUCCUAA